GCUGGCCCAGCAGGGCCGCAGCAGGCGCGCGGCGGCGAGCAUGGAGCGUGAGCUGGAGGCGCUGGCGGCCCGGCCCGCGCGCCCGGCCGAGCCGCCCUUCCAGGCGCUGGUGGAGGCGGCGGGCGGCUGCGGGCAGGUGCUGUUGGUGGGCGAGCUGUGGGAGCGCGAGCAGAGCCGCGCGCUGCUGUGGGACUUCGCCCGCGCGGUGUUCCCGCCCCAGCGAGCCGCGGGCAAGCCGGGCGGCGCGGCGGCCGAGGGCGCCGAGCCCGGGGCGCCCGGCGCGCAGAAGGCGCUCCGGACGGGGGCGGCGCGCGCCAUCCGCUCGCCGCUGGUCUUCGUGCUGUGCCGCGCGUCGUCGCUGGCCGCCCGGGAGCCGCGGCGCCACCUGCGGGAGAUGCUGCGGGACGUGCGCGGGCGGCGACGGGCCGGCGCGGCGCUGGUUGGGGUGCUGGUGGCCGAGGCCGAGGCGGAGGACUCGGUGGUCCCGGAGCUGCGGCUACUGGAGGCGCUGCUACGCACCGUGUUCGGCCGCCAGGCGGGGGGCCCGGUGCAGGCGGUCGCCUACUGCCCCGGCCACCCGGCCUCCAGCCUGGCCGUCCAGGCGGCCGCCUGCAGGGCCCUGCAAGCCGCCGGGCCUGCGCGACCAGCAGAAGGAGCCUGGGACAGACCUGGCCUCCCAGCACUGCUGGCAUGCUUUUCCUGGGGUCCCUGGAGCCGGGGGAAGGACCCAGAUGCCACCUCCCCCAGUGGCCCAGCUCAGGAUAACUUCCAGGACCCUGAGGAGGAGCUGGCACUGACAGCCAUCUACCCCAAUGGAGACUGUGACGAUCCUGCAAAGGGGUCGAGAGCCUGUGAUGGAGUUGCUCCCACUCCUGCUGAGCCUGAUGGGGACUUGAGAUGAAGGCUGGACCCCUGGCUGCCCCGGCUCUAACCUACAGACUGGGGGCUGGCUCCUUCUCACUGAGCUGCCAUGCCGCCAUGUUGACCUUGGGAUGAUGGUAACUACGAAGGCCCCACCUGCCACCUGCCACCUGCCACCUGCCACCUGCCAGGGGGGCUGUUGGAUUGACAGUUUUGCCAGCCAGGCAGCAGGAUUUAGCAAGCUAAGCAGGACCUGGGAAAGUGUAUCCUCUGGAAACCUGCCCCCCACCUCAUAUUUGCAUACUCUCUGGUCAUAGUGGGGUUAUUUUUUCUCUCUGUGCCGUUGAGACAGAUGGCUGUCUACUUUGAGGUACUGUGGUGCUGUGGUAUCCCAUGGUUGUUUGCAUGAGCAUCCACCACUUCAAGUGCAGCUGGAAAGAACUCUGGAUCAGAAAUCAUCAGAUCUGGUGGGGGUGGCCUUGGACCUGUCAUUCAACCUUUGGGGCUUCUGUUUCUCAAACGCACAAGGGGGCUACUAGCCCAAUGGCUCUCAGCCAGGGACCAGGCCCCUCCAGGCAGCACUGGAAAUUUGUGUGUGUGUGUGUGUGUGUGUGUUAGGAAAGUCACUGUGACUGAGGGGAACCCCUGACGUUUAGUGGGCGUUUCACAGUGUGCAGAAUAAUCUCCAACAGCACAAGUUUGUUCCACUCAAAAUGUCAAUCAUGGCCCCUUUGACAAACUCUAGAUGAGACAAUCUCCUCCCGGUCAAAUUCUAGGAAGAGUCCCUCAGAACAGGAGGCUUGGGCUUCCUGGGACCUUGGCUCCCAGAGCUUCCCUGGGGGCCCGUCGCGCAGAGCCAAGAUGUUCCGUGUGCUGCAGGCCCAAGGCAGAAAUAGCUUUGCACAUCUGGAAGAAGAAAGGGCUGUCUUUUUUCCUCAUGUUGACGUUGACUUUCUGUGCCAAGUUCUUUGAAAAUAAAGAUGCUGGGAACUAACCAUGGCACCAAACAGGAGGAAAGUUAUGGGUGUGGAUUACAAGGGCGUGGGGCUUGCUCUUGAUCUCAGGUCCUAACCCAAGGUCAAAGCAGACGCAGACCAGAGCCCUUUUUUCUCUGUUUAUGAGUCAGUCAGGGUCAGUGAUGUUCCCUUAAAAGCCAGGAAGUCCAUCUAUCUGUUUACUUGGAGAGGGAACUCUGGAUUACCUCCUGUGUUUUCCUCACCUAACCCCUGGAGACAUCCAGUCUUUGGAAUGGCAAGGACAGCUCCUGAUUUUCCUUAGGAGGAAACACUAUCUAAGGGAGGUGGCCAAAUCCAUUCACUCCUGCUUGACUCAUUCAGCAGACAUGCAAUUGUGCCUACUAGUUGCCCAGCGCUCUGCGAGGUACUGUGUAACUUGCAUGAGUUAUUUCAGCCCUGGCUAUCAUGGUGACCAAAUGGGAAAUGGGAAACCUUUGUGGCCAAGGGGCUCCUUGUGAUUAAGGAGGAGCCCUCCCUGCCCUGUGCCUCAAUUUAUCCUCUCUAAUAGGGAGCCUAACCCGUAUCAGUGUGAGGGCAGGAAGGAUGACAGGAAGGACCCAGCUGACUUCUUCCUACAUAGGCAUGGACUCGGUAAAUUACUGUUGAUUUUGUUUUAAAUGGGGAGACUGGUAUUUUUGAAGCUGCUAGAUUUUUCUAUUUCUCUGUUAAUUUCUUUGUAAUCAUUUGAUUGGAGUUUUAUUAUUUGGUGAGGGGAGGGAGCUUUUUUAAGUUAGGAAAUUAUCUAAGGCAGAAGUCACAAGACAGCAGCCUCUGCUGUGUUUAGAAAUCUUUUUAGUUGUUGCCAAUAUUUGAAGCUUGGACAGCUGCACGUAAACAAGCUAGUUUUCUGGGUGAAGGAUGGGGCACGUUUUCCUCUCCAGUUUCCUACUUCUCCCCCACCCACCCAGCCAACUAGAGCCCCCCUCCCACUGACCUAUACCACACUCUACAGCUCUUCAUUCAUAUGCGCCACCUGCAUGGUCCUGGCCCUGGGGGACAGGUGAGGCUGCAAGACUCUGGUGUAAAGGGCAGUUGGCACAUUGGUUUUCAAUUCCCUUCAGUAUUCCUGUGAAUAGUUGAAGAGGGAAGGUCUUUCUUUACUGACAUGUGGGUUCUGCCUCCCGAAUGCUCAGCAGGAGACAAGGAAGCAAUUUCGCUUCCUUGAGAAAUUGCGAAGCUAAGCUGCAUCCUUUUGGGAACGGUGUCAUUGCUGUCUUGUAGCAGACAGAAGAGUUCGGUGCCAGGAGGGAUGGCCUUGGUGGUGGGUCUAUUCUCUAAGGACUUUUAUAUGGCAUGAAGGUUGGGGUGGGCCCCUCUGAGGGCAGAAACCCUGAAUUAGGUCAGUGGUACCAGGAGCCAUCGGCUGGGGGCCUCCAGGUAAGGCCCCUGUCUGGGCUCUUGGGUACUAAUCUCUCUAACAUGGCAGCAGUUAUGUGACUCUGACUUGAAUCGGUAAUUCCUAAUAUCUAAUAAAACCAAGAAGUACCUCUGCUGUCUAAUCGAGAACAGAAUGGAUCUUCCCCUUUAUUCUCAUAAAAUGCUCCUUGUAGGGACCCUUGGGAGCAGGGCAUCUGGGCAAAUGGCAGGACUUCUGGAAUCAUCUGGACUGAAAAUCCCCCAGCUUUCCCUGGAUGACAUCUCUGCAACCCUAUUGGCUGGGACUGGAAAACAUGUAGCUGGAAAGUAUAAGUAAAUAUUUAAAAAGA